UGCACUGUUCAGUUUCGUUUUGACGACUUUUGUCAAGUUUGGCAAUAAAAAUCUUGUUCUUGACAACAAGCGACGUGUCUUCACAGUGUCGCGUCAUAUUUGGUCAUUUAAAAUGUUGACAGUAGAAUGAGAAUGAAUGGACACAGGGGUCACCUGGCCAGUCCUCGUAACACUGUCCAGGCCCUGGAAUACCCCGAGUUACAAGUCACUGGGGAGCCUCUGAGUGUGCCUGGAAUAUCACAGACAACAUAUAUACAUAACCUCAAAGACCAUGAUUAUGAAAGCAUUGGUAAUGUCCUUGCACGACUUGAAACUUUCAAACUGAGUUCCAGUUUGCCCCUCACCUACAUCGCCUGUGAGUGCAGUCGGCAAUGUGACGCUGAAGCCGACUCUGGGAGGCUGAGUACGGUGACACAUGACUCCGAUGAAGAUGAUUCUUCCGACGAUGAUGCAGUAAUUUCAAUAGACCACAUGCUGAAUGUUGUGUCGAGAAUUCAAAACCGACCAGCCAGUGCAUCUAAUGCAAACACAGUGUUGCGACUUAUCAGUACCUACAGCAGUAGAGAAGACAUUACAGUGGACCAAGUCAGCAAGAUUCAAACCCUUGUACGCACAUGUAAGCCAGAAUUUCGAGAGGCAGGGCUGCUGUUUAUGAGGCAGUUGUUCACCAACAGGGAAAAUGCAUUGCUCAUGGCACAGAUGGAAGUCUUCAAUGAUCUCAUGACGGUCUUGUCCUCCCCACACAGUGCCAAGAUCCAGACUGCAGCUCUUAGGGCUGCCGAACAACUGUUUGUCCAUGUUAGUGUGGCCGAGUUGUUAUGCUGUGAGGUUGAAGAGGUCCUGUUACCCGUGUUGUUGCGUAUCUUGUACAGCGAUCAUCCGAUGGACAUGAAGUAUAUCAGCUGCUGCAUUCUCCAAAUUCUCUCCACACACGCACCCACUGCAAGUCUCGUGGGACAGGAGCUGCUCUUCAUUGUCAAAGAACUCAAAAACUCUAAUGCCAAAAUGAAGGAAGUGUUUGUUGAAAUUGUCAUCAAUUUGUAUCGUCAGACUGAUGUUAUAUACCCGGACAUGAUUGACAAAAACAUUCUGCAGUCUGCCACAAAUAUGAUACGAGAUGGUCCCUGUGGAGUACAACAACAAGCACUCAACUUGAUCAAAUGUUUGGCAGAAGACGAAUCAGAGAUUUCUUCUGUGAUUAAAGGGAGAGAACUUGUGUUGUGUAUUUUACAAUGUCUUAAAGAUUCACAUUGUAGGAAAGUUCGUUCAGUAGCAAGCAAAGUGAUCCACAUUCUAACAAGUGUAAAGAAGAUUUCUCUUGCCAAGGCCAUGAUGGAACACUUCAGUGCCUUGAUCUACCCAGGAGACGGUGACUCUUGUGGAGAUGUCAGUGCUCGAGGGACUUCUAAAGUUGUCUACCCUGUGCGAGUGAAACACAAAGCUGAUAUACGGAUGUGGAAUGCAUUUGAGAAUACGGCUGCUUCAGUCGCAGAACUUAUUUGUAAAGAAGCUGAUAUUAAGGAAGACGAAUCGACUGGUCAGUUGUCAAUGAAGGAUGACCAGUCCGUGUCUGACUGGAAUACGCACAAGCUUGACACACUCUCCAGUCUCAUUUCCAUAGCAACAAACUUCUGCCUGUGGCCUGUUGAAAAACAGAAAUCUGCAUUCAACCCUCCUGAUUUGUCCGACCUCUUUGAUGAUCAGCAUUUAAGAGACGUGUACUCCACACUGAAUCGCCAGGUUACUCUGGAUAUCUGGAAUAAAUGUGGUCGACACGCAGCUCUCAUCUUGGGCAAGUUUGCAGAGAAGUUUGAGAUCCGGAGUAACCCGCUGUCGGCACGUGCGCGAUCGAGAAGUUCUUCCCGUCACCGCCAUGGUUCACCGGUCUCCGCUCGAUCAUGUCCAGGAUCCCCGAUAUCGGCUCGACGGGGCAGAACACCAAGAUGCGACUACCUCAGUCUUCAAGAAGUCCUCCUCAUUAAAAACCUUCUCGAGUUCUUUCUAUGCAUUGCUAUUUCGACCUGUGGACGGAAGGGGAAGGAAGCUGGACGACUCACAAAACAUGAGAAAGAAGUGACAUCAUCGCCGAAGAAGAACCUGUGGGUGAUGGACAACCCUCACCUGACUCACAGUAUAAACCGCUACUCGCUGUAUGACACUGCGGAUGCGGCUGAGCGGAAACAGUUGGAGCUUGUGGAGAAGGAAACCAGCACCGAGCAGAGAGUUCUUAGGAAGGGACUGUAUGAAGAAGAUCUCAUUAGAAUUGUCUCCCCUUUUAUAGAUCAUGACGAUUCACAGAUCAGAAUUUUGUCAACAAAGAUUCUCAGAUGUGCAAUUCAGCCAUUAGAGGAGAAGCUUGUUACUGCGGACAACCACAACAUGGCCGGUGCAAGCUCAGGGCCUGUUUCAGCUUUCAGACCAAGAUCUAGACCUGGCUCAGCUCAUUGUGAGAGGGAGAGAAAGAUGGUGAUCGCGCUCCGCCAAAUGCCUUCAGAAGUGGCGGGAAUGAUCAGGGAUGCCAUCAAAGUGCGUCCAUCCUCAGCUUCUGGAUCCACACAAAGCACACAGAAGGGGUCAGCUAAAAAGACAACAAAGAUAAAUUUAAAACCCAAUGAUGUCCGACCUAAGAUUGACUUAAGUAAGCCUAUUGCUCAUCAGUGCAGACAGUCGACAGUUGCUGCAUGUGGUCCCCAACUCAUCAAAGGGCUCUUCAGCAAGUCUAGAGAUGUCAGGAAGAGUUCUCUUCUCCUGAUGCAUGACCUUGUUCUCCACGACAAUGUUGAAACCCACAUGCAAUUGUCUGAACUUGGCUGUAUUCCAAAACUGAUUGAUUUUAUUCGAAUCAAUGAAGAAGAUGAAAUGCUGGAGAUAAUUGCCCUGAUUUUAACGCGACUGCUGGUGUCGAGUGACCACCGGUUGAAGCAGCUGUUUGACCGUCAUGGAGGAUCCAACAUGCUGAUGGCCAUGUCCAUGUACACCAGUGGGGUCAUCAGAGAGGAGGUCAAAUCCACGCUGAAGGCAAUCACACACGGUGCCACACCUAGUCGUGUGAGACCCAGCUCGGCCCCUGCACAGAGAUCCUGCAGACCACCUGAUAUCUGGGACAAGAUAAUGACUCGGUGGGGAUAUGAAGAUAAAGUGGUGGAGAUUCUUAAAAAAUUUGCCUGAUGGACUGUAUAUUCUCAAUAAUUGUUAUAGUCAAAAGAGAUGUUUAUGCAAUUAUUUCACUGACUUAAAAAUUAUUCCAGUAGCUAGACAGGUGCCUUACAUUGCCUUGAAUGUAUACAAGUUAGUUUUACUGUGAUAUAUCCGCUCAUUUUGUAGUUUUUAUCAUAAAUCAUAUUAUGCUCACAUUAUGUUGUCCAUUGUCCGUUUUUUACCAGACAUUUACCUGUUCGCUAUUUUAGCAAAACUAUAUUGUGAUUAUAAAGUUAUCACAAUUCCGAUCUGUAAGUUAUACAGAUUCUCCUAGAUGUAUAUGUGCAGACCUGUCCAACAUAUAGUUUUCCGGAUGUUAUUUUCGCAGUGCCCUGAAAUUUUGUGUAUAGCUUUAUCAUAUACUGAUUCAGAAAUAAUGUUGGAUUUUCAUAUUGAUUUAUUAAUUUUUGAUAUAGAAAAACUAUUCAAGGGCAAUAACUAACAUUUUUGUUUUUUGCAAUGCCUUACUAUAUUGUAUAUUGUGUAUAGCUUUAUCAUGUUCUAUUGCUGAUCA